AUGUCUCAAUCAAAUAAACCAUUAAGAUUGCGUGCUAAUGCAACUUUAGCAUGUAAAAAUUGUCGGGCGAGUCACCGAAGAUGCGAAAAACCUCCUAAAGAGGAUAUAUGUACAUACUGUAAAAAUCAUAGGCUUCAUUGUACUUAUACCUUGGGUAGAAAACGCGGGCCAAAGCCUAGAUUUCCUAAUUUUCAAUCUCCUCUCAAUAUUAAAUUUCGUGAAACCAAUACUGAAGAAUUCCAAUUCUCCUCAUUAAAUUUUGGAACUUUACAUCUUUAUAAUGAUGUUAUUACAACUUCUUUUAGAACUAACGAAGUAUUUAUUGACCAAGAACCAACAGCAAAUAAUCAAGAUACCAUACCAAUCAGUCCUUAUAAAACUGCUAUUGAACCUUCUUUUGGAACUACUGGGGCAUUUAUUAGCCAAGGAUUAAUGUCAAAUCAUAAUCCAAAUACCACGCUAAUUAGCUCUUAUGAGAUUGCUACAAAAGAAUUCAAAUUCUCAUCGUUGAAUCAUCCUUAUGACGAUGCUAUUAUAACUCCUUUUAGAACUACUGAGGCAUUUAUUAACCAAGAGCCAGUACCAAAUAAUCAAAAUAUUACACCAAUUAACCUUUACGAAACUACUAAUAAAGAGUUUCAAUCCUCUUAUUUAAACUUUGGAACCACACAUACCUACACUAUUCCUUCUUUCGGGACUAAUGAGGCGUUCAUUGAACAAGGACUAAUGUUAAAUAAUCAAAAUACCACGCCAAUUAACUCUUACGAGAUUGCUACUGAAGAAUUCCAGAAUUCCAAUUCUCUUUAUUAA